UUCACGAUUUCUCCAGACACAACCUUGAAUACAAAUAAAAAACGAAGCUCCUCUUUCUCCUCCAAAGCCAUAGCCAAAAAAAUGAAGGUUUCUUGUUGCCAUGGCAUUGGACACAACCUCUACCACCCCUCUCUUGGUUUGAGCAACAUCAAGAACAACCACAUGGUUUCAUGUCAAAAUCCUUUCACUUUGAAGGAGAGGAAAUCAGGGUUGAGUGUGAGCACUAGUUUGCAAAAGGGUAGUGAGAGGUUUGUGGUGGGAUGUGGAAGUUGGAGUUUGGUGAGAGAGUUGGAGAAAGAGUUGGAAGCUGAGAUGAAGAGAGAGGAAGGUGGAGAGAGUGUAAUAAUGGGAAGGUAUAAGCACAAAUGUGGAGAAGGGAAAGGGGUGGUGGACAUGUUGGAGUGUUUGGAGAAGGAAGCUAUUAUGGGUGAAGAUGUGGGAAAGGACCCUAUGGAUUAUAACCGUAGGGCUCACAUAUUUUAUGCAAGCUCUAGAAUCUUUCAAGCUCUCAAGGAACUCAACGACAAAACCCUGUCACUGUGAUUUUACUUUCUGCAGUUCAAAUAAAUAAAGCUAUCAAGAGAAUAAUCACCAAUUGUAUCUUGAUUAGUUGGCGGUUUUUGUGUUACAUUACCGUGUACACAUGGAUAAUAUCACUGUAUUUUUAUUGUUUAGGGUUCUCAAUAUGAUUAUGCUGCCUUUCCAUUCAUUUCAUCCAUCUGUGACAGCAUGUCUUAAAACUUAUAGUGGCCGAAGAGCUAUUAGGUUUUGGUUUAAAA